UGCCCAUUGGACGGACUGAUGAAACCCGGGGAACUCGCACACGAGCCGCUCGCGUGCAGGCUGCGGCUCUAUAAAUAAGCCCCGAGGCUGCGGAAACAGGAGCGGACUGUGUGUCAGCUUAGCGAGGAGACAGGACUCACUUGUGACAUUUGUCAUCGGUAAAGUGCUCUGUGGUGUGCCAGGAGAAGGCGGGACUCACUGCACUGCACGGGACACACUCCCACGGGCUGUGUGCAUCAUUCGGUUAUUGUUUAUAUUUGUUUGGACAGUUUUAAAUUGUAAACCUGAAGAUGCCAGCCGGUACUUUAGAGAGAACAUCUCCACCCGUCGUGGCUGCCACACCGACAAGAGUGGACUCCACAUCCGAAAAACCCCGGAGUCUGACAGAGAACAGAAAGUCCUCCAAACCAAUCAUGGAAAAGCGGAGACGUGCGCGCAUCAAUGAGAGUCUGGGCCAGCUGAAGACCCUCAUUCUGGACGCACUCAAGAAAGAUAGCUCCAGACACUCCAAACUGGAGAAGGCGGACAUCCUUGAGAUGACCGUGAAGCACCUCAGGAACCUGCAGCGACUUCAGAUCACUGCUGCUGUCAACACGGACCCCUCCGUCCUGGGUAAAUACAGAGCCGGGUUCAGCGAGUGUGUAGGGGAGGUCACCCGUUUCUUGUCCACGUGUGAAGGGGUGAACACAGAGGUGAGGACUCAUCUCCUCAGCCACCUGGCAGCCUGCGUGAGCCAAAUCAACGCCGUGAACUUCUACACACCUCACCCAGGUGCACUGAGACUCGGGCAGACCGGUACACAGAUUCCAGCCGCCUCCGCUCCGCUGAUGCCUUGCAAAAGUGCCUCAGCGAUGCACGCCUCCUCAGAAGCUCUGAAGCUGUACGGUGGCUUCCAGGUUGUGCCAACACCGGAUGGACAGUUUGCUUUUCUUGUUCCCAGUGCAGCUCUCAUGCCUCUGGGUGCACAAAACAGCCAUCGCGUGUCACCUGUUGCACCUCCGGUCACCUCAGACUCUGUGUGGAGACCAUGGUAGGAAAUCACCUCAAAUGGGGAAAAGGACUAUCACACAAUAAAACACAUUUUUGUACAUUUUGUAAAUGUUUUCAAAACCUACUUGAGAGGGAUGUUUACACACGUUUGUGUUUUUUUAUAUGGACAUUAAGAGAUAUUCUUGACCUCAUUGCUCGCUGUGAUUUUCUCUGUUUUUUUAUACAACACAUUUGCCUCAGGAGGUCACGAAAAUCCUUAACAAAGCUCUUAAAAAGCACUGUAUUUCUUUGAGAUUAAUAAAAUGUUUCUAUGUUUACUACAA